AAGCACCGCGAUUCCAGCAACAAGACAACCAAAAUAAAGUGAGCACAACAAACCCGUAGCGCAUGAUGGCGGCGUCGCUGCUGCGCCGGGACAAGAAAUCCACCGCCGCCCACCUGAAGGCUGACCUGAAGCGGACUGACAACAGCUCGGGGCUGCGGCAGCUGCAGGAGCUGCUGGAUAGCGUGCUGCACCCGGAGCGGGGCUCGGAGCCGGAGGCGCUGGAGUGGUGUAAAUGGCUGCUGGCUGGAGGCGACGGCUUCGACGAGUUCUGCCGGACCGUCCGAUCCUACGAUAACGCCACCCUCUGCGGACUGGUGUGGACCGCCAACUUCGUGGCGUACCGCUGCCGGACCUGCGGAAUCUCGCCGUGCAUGUCGUUAUGCGCGGAGUGCUUCAAUAACGGCGACCACACGGGCCACGACUUUAACAUGUUCCGGAGUCAGGCCGGCGGGGCCUGUGACUGCGGGGACGGGAACGUGAUGAGAGAGAGCGGGUUUUGCAGUAGGCAUCGGUUAAAAACGGGAGAGAAUGUGCCAUUAGUCCCUCGGGAUCUGCUGCUCAUGUCUGAGAUGGUGCUGCCGCGGUUUAUCAUCACUAUCAUUCAGUACCUGAGAGACGGCUACACGGAGCCAGAGUCGGCCGCUGACAGAGAUCUGCAGAAGGUUCUUCAGCAGUUAGACCUGCACAUAUCCUUCUUAGAAGAGCUCACCAAGAUGGGCGGGGCCAUGCGCACUGUUCUCACCAAGAUCUUAACCAAUCAGCAGACCUUUAAAGAACUGAGCAUGGGUCAAGAGGAGAAUGUUUAUGCGAAGAGGAGCUAUGAGAAGUAUUUGUCAGCAUUGAAGAGUUCAGGUCUGGUGUCAGUGGAGGAGAAAGGAGCUGGAGCUGGGGCAACAGACACCCCAGCUGGGGCAGGAGCGCUCAGUCUACUGGGAGCUACUGCUGCUGCCAGUCUGGAGGACUCUAGCAAAGAGGAGGAUCAGGAUGGGCUGCAGGGUGUGGGCCAGAGGAAAAGAGUCAAGCUCAGUAGCAGCACCAAAGAUCCAUCCAUAAUGGACACUCUGAAACAUAAAUGUUUUUUAGAAGAGUUAUUGUUUUGGACUAUUAAGUAUGAAUUUCCACAGAAGAUGGUCACUUUUUUGCUCAACAUGUUGCCAGAUCAGGAUUACAAGAUCACGUUCACUAAAACAUUUGUACAGCACUAUGCCUUCAUCAUGAAGACCCUCAUGAAGAGCCACGAGUCGGACACCAUGUCCAACCGCAUCGUUCACAUCAGCGUGCAGCUCUUCAGUAACGAGGAGCUGGCGAGACACGUCACAGAGGAGUGCCAGUUACUGGACAUCAUGGUCACUGUGCUCCUCUACAUGAUGGAGAGCUGCCUUAUCAAGAGCGAACUGCAAGAUGAGGAGAAUAAUCAUCACGUGGUGGUGAACUGUGGUGAAGCUCUGCUGAAGAAUAACACCUACUGGCCUUUAGUUAGUGAUUUUAUUAAUAUCCUCUCGCACCAAAGUGUUGCCAAGCGCUUCCUGGAGGAUCAGUCUCUGUUGCGGCUGUGGAUGAGUUUCGUCUCCUUCUUCCAAGGGAUGAAUCUGAAUAAGAGAGAGCUGAAUGAGCACGUGGAGUUUGAGUCUCAGACGUAUUAUGCAGCGUUUGCAGCUGAGCUGGAGGCCUGUGCUCAGCCCAUGUGGGGUCUCCUGACACACUGCAAAGUCAAAGAAACCCACGAGUACACUAAGACAGUGGUGCGGUACUGUCUGGAAACUCUUCAGAUGUGGUUUGAUACCAUUGGGUUUGUAGAUGAGCCUGCCCUCAACCAGCUGACCUUUCAUUUGCCUCUCCAUAGAUACUAUGCCAUGUUCCUCAGCAAGGGAGUGAAGUGUCAAGGUCUGGAUUUAGACAGUUUGCUUCCUGAUCAGGAGAUGCUUAUGAAGAUCAUGGUUCACCCUCUUCAGAUACAGGCGAGCCUGUCUGAGAUCCACAGUAACAUGUGGGUGAGAAAUGGGCUGCAGAUUAAAGGUCAGGCCAUGACUUAUGUCCAGUCUCACUUCUGUAACUCCAUGAUUGACCCGGACAUCUACCUCCUGCAGGUGUGUGCGUCCAGACUGGACCCAGAUUACUUCAUUUCCUCGGUGUUUGAGAGGUUCAAGGUGGUGGAUCUGCUGACGAUGGCGUCUCAGCAUCAGAACGCAGUGCUGGACUCGGAGCAGGAGAGGCCCAUGCUGGAGGGGGCGCUGACCUUCCUGGUCAUUCUGAGCAGUCUCAGAGUACACUUAGGAAUGUCUGAUGAUGAGAUUUUGAGAGCGGAGAUGGUGUCGCAGUUGUGUAUGAAUGACCGUACCCACAGUUCCCUGCUAGAUCUUAUCCCGGAGAAUCCCAACCCUAAGAGCGGUGUGGUGCCGGGCAGCUGUAGUUUUGAGGAGAUGCUGUCUGCUGUAGCUGAUUUCAAAGCCCCGGUGUUUGAGCCUGGAGGAUCCAUGCAGCAGGGCAUGUACACGCCGAAAGCGGAGGUCUGGGAGAAAGAGUUUGACCCUAUAAUGGUGAUUCUACGCACAGUGUACCGCAGAGACGUGCAGUCGGCCAUGGAUCGAUACACAGCAUUUUUGAAACAGUCUGGCGUUCAUACGGGGAACCCCUGGCCGCCGUAUAAGGAGAGGACCGCCCUGCACCCCUGCUAUAAAGGACUGGUGCGCCUUCUGCACUGCAAAACCCUACAUAUCGUCAUCUUUACACUGCUUUACAAGAUCUGGAUGGAUCAUCAGAACAUGUCUGAACAUGUGUUGUGUAUGGUGCUGUACCUGAUAGAACUUGGACUUGAUAAUCAGGUCCAGGAUGACAAAGUGGAAGAGGAGCCCUGUAUUGAGGAGCACUGCCAUGACAGCUGGUUCCCGGGCACCAGUCUGCUGUCUAACCUCCAUCACGUCAUCAACUUUGUGCGGGUUCGAGUGCCAGAGACGGCACCUGAGGUGGAGCGGAAGAGAGAGAGGGAGAGAGAACGAGAAACUCCAGCCAGCACCAGCUCUGAGAGCAGCACCUUCGGACAGAGUUCCAGAAGGCUGACCGGAAAUUGGAGAGAGAACCUGCGUGAGGCUCAGGUGUUCAGUCUAGUGGCGGAGCGCAGAAGGAAGUUCCAGGAGAUCAUAAACCGCAGUAACCACGAGGCCAGUCAGGCGGUGCGUCCCAAGUCCUCAUCCUCCCGCUUGCUGCCGCCCGGCUCGCCUCCGCAGCUGGUGACCGAGAUCCUGGAGAUCGGUGAGAGCAUGCUGUCUCUCCUGGUCAAGCUGCACCAGAAACUGUCUGGCAAGCAGAACUCUCUGUCUCUGAGCUGGCUGGCCGAGGUGGAUCCGGCCCAUCACGCGCACGGAGAUGGGUUAACAGCCAUAGAAAGGAUCCUGGCCAAAGCUGCCGCCCGUAGCCGGCACAGCAAGAGGUGUCUCCAGGAAAUCUGUGGGAAAGUGUGUCCACCCAUACCGCCCAAGAAGAACAGUCCUGGAGAUAAGAAGAGCAUGGACAAGGAAGAGAGGCGUCAAAGGGCCAGAGAGAGACAGCAGAAGCUGCUGGCAGAGUUUGCCUCCAGGCAGAAGAGCUUCAUGGAGACUGCCAUGGAUGUUGAGUCACCUGAAACAGAUGCAGUGAUGGAAAUGGGAUCGGCAGAACCUCUAGACUCAGAAGUUCUGUAUGACUGUGUGAUCUGUGGUCAGAGCGGCCCAUCUACUGAAGACAGACCCACAGGAUUGGUGGUACUGCUGCAGGCCUCAUCAGUGUUGGGGCACCGCUGUCGUAGUGACACACCAAAGCGAUUGCCUACUACGGAUGAGGAACAUAUCUACCCCGAGGACACAUGUGGAGCGGCCCAUGAUGUUAGGCUGUCCCUUAUGCAACGCUACUUUAAAGAUAGUUCAUGUCUGCAGUCUGUGUCUAUUGGCUGGGACGGGGGUGUGUAUGUGCAGACGUGUGGCCACACUCUGCAUAUAGACUGUCACAAGUCCUACAUGGAGUCCUUACGGAACGAUCAGGUUCUUCAGGGGUUUUCUGUGGAUAAAGGCGAGUUCACCUGUCCGCUGUGUCGUCAGUUCGCCAACAGUGUUUUGCCCUGUCGUCCUGGGCGUGGGAUGGAGACGGGCGCCUGGCACGCGCCCAGUAACAAGAGCAUGUCCACACUGGUGAGGGAAGUGGAGGACCUUCAGGAGCAGCUGGGCAUUUUCCCAGUAAGCGCCAGCCUAAAGCAGAGAGAUCCCAUACUGGCGGAGUCAAAUCUGAGUAAAGAGAUGGAAUCUGUUAUAAAGGACAUUAAAAACACCACGCAGAAAAAAUACAUGGAUUAUGGGAAGAACCCAGGGUCACCUGACAAUGACUUCCUGUUCAUGUACUCCGUGGCCAGGACUAAUCUGGAGUUAGAGUUGGUUCAUCGUGGGGGGAAUCUGUGCAGUGGAGGGGCCAGUGCUGCUGCCAAACGCUCCUGUCUCAAUCAGCUGUUUCAUGUGCUGGCCAUGCACAUGCGUCUCUACAGCAUAGAUUCAGCGUACAACCCCUGGACCAGACUCACACAGAGCACGCACAGCAGAGACACAGAGUACUGUGAUGAUGAACGUCCUGAGGUGCCCAUGCUCUUCAGAGACGUCCCGUCCCUCCUCAUCAUCUUCAUCCUCACCAUGCCUCAGCCUUUACGCAAAGAGCACUUCACGUGUGUGGUGAAGGUGCUGUACAGUCUGCAGUACACACAGGCUCUGGCCGCUCUGUCCGUCAGAUUCAGUCCCGAGGAGAGACUCGCCUGGAGCAACACUGGAGCUGCCAAGAAGAACACGCCAAACUCUGACAAAUCAUGGGAGUCGCUCCUGGGUCAUGUGAUCUCUGAGCUGACGAAGGCCAAAGAUGUGUAUGACACCAGCUCUGAGGAAACACUCGUGUUGAGCUCCAGUGUGUGGUCUCCUCAGUCCAUCGAGUUCAGCCUACAGCAGUUCUGUCUGCCCUUCCUGAGACUGUCCUGUUUACUGCAGCACCACCUGUAUGGAGACAGCUUACCCGGCUGCCUGGUGGAGGAGGAGUUCUCUCUGCUGGCCGGGUGUCUGGGUUUGGCUGGUUCUGCUCAGUCCAGUGCAGCGUGUCUGGAGUGGAACAUCAGUGCUUUGGAUCUGAUCAGUCAGUGGUGUUCAGAAGUCAUCGCUCUGUCCAAUACUCCCACCCAGCAGUCUGUGUCUCUUUUAGUUCAGGAUCCGCAGUGGGCCGCCCCUCGCCUCCUGCACCUGCCAGACAAUUACAACACCAUCUUCCAGUAUUACCACAGGAAGUCCUGCACCAGCUGCGGCAAGACCCCCAAAGACCCUGCGCUGUGCCUGGUGUGCGGCGCAUUCGUCUGUCUGAAGGGUCACUGCUGUAAACAGCAGGGCGUCUGUGAGUGUGUGCUGCACUCUCAGCACUGCGGAGCAGCGACCGGUAUCUUCCUCCUGAUAAACGCCUCGGUCAUCAUUAUCAUCCGAGGCCAUCGCUUCUGUCUGUGGGGCUCGGUGUAUCUGGACGCUCAUGGAGAGGAGGACAGAGACCUACGUCGAGGAAAGCCUCUGUAUUUAUGUGAGGAGAGAUACCGCGUUCUGGAGCAGCAGUGGGUCUCGCACACCUUCGACCACAUCAACAAGCGCUGGGGUCCCCAUUACAAUGGACUUUAACAGUACAGCCCACGUCCUGGAGAGGACAGGUCACAUGAUGUCAGUGGCAGCCUCUGAUGAUUUCUGUCAUGUAAUAUAAAGAAAACCUGCAUUGAGUUGGCCACAGCCUGGGUUCAUGUCAAGUUUAGUGUACAAUCAAGCCUAUUGAUUAACAGCGUGUGUGUGUGCGCGUGUUUUAAAGUGAUUUUUCGUGUGGAUUUAGAGGGGAGAAUUUAGUUUUGUCCCAGCAAGCUCAAGGUGAAAGCACACUGAGUGAAUCUAUGUCUAGUCUGUUGGACGCACAGUGGAAUUAUACUCCCGUUCUGUAACUUUUGGAAAUCUGACAUCGUUUUUGAGGAGACAGACUCUUAAAAACAAUGUUUGGCCAAUGUUAAACAAAUCAUGUACAGAUAUCAGAAUGAAUAUCAAAACCUUGAAUGCUAAAGGUACCAGGACUCUCAACAUAUCCCCCACCCACCGCCCCAUGACCACAUCAUGCUAUUUGAGUUGAAGCACAUCUCAUAAGACUGACUGUGGGUUCAAAAAUGCGAAAUAUCAACCGAUUAGAGCUAAAGCGAGAUUUGUCUGACUCGAGGUGUAGUUGCAGUCAUCCUCAGGAAUUUUAUUUUAUAAUUUGUUUUCUUUUGUUUUGUAGUCUCAGAUAAAAGAUUUUAAUAUAUAAUAAGUGCUGCUAUUCAUUGUUUGAAAAAAAGUAAAUUAUACCUUUGUAAAAAAUAUUUUUACAAUUUGCAUCUUUUCUUUUUUUUUUCUUUUCGUAAUGAAGGUUUUGUUUUUGAUGGUGGUUGGCUGGUCUGUUAAGUUUAUUAUAAAAAUACAAAAAAUAAAAAAAUCCCCUACAACCUUGUAGCACAUAUUUAAUGGCUAGAGACAGAGCUAGUCAUUAAAUAAUGAUCCGUGGCUCUUUCCCUUACAUAAAUCGCAUAACGGUAACCUUUAAAUAAUAAUAUAUAUAUAUAUAUAUAUAUAUAUAUAUAUAUAUAUAUAUAUAUUAUAUAUAUAUAUAUAUAUAUAAAUAAAAUAAAAAUAAGAAAAUUAAGUUUGUUUUAGAAUAAAGUAUCUGUGCAUCAUUUUCAUAACAGUCGAACAUCAUUUGCCCCAAAUUCUUAUUAAUGUAAAUCUUGAUGUUUUUUCUCCUUUUUCUUCUUAGUGGUGUGUUUGUGUGUGUGUGAGAGAGAGCGAGAGAGUCUGUGUUUCUUUAUUGUAAAGAGUGGUCAGAUGCGUUUAAUUUGUCAGGAAAAUAAUGCAAUACAAUUAAGGUUCUGAAAAUAUGCUUGAUCUUUUUGUUGGUUUUUUUCAUGCAAAAUGCUUUUAUUUUUUCUUUUGGUUAAGGGUGAAAUAAUGAUCUGGGAAUAAUCUUGAAUAUUCCUAAGAUUCACUGAACUAUAACCAGAAAAUCUAUCUACAUAACCACCAAGUCAGUUGUCCCUCAAUGUUUGAUAGUCUUUAUGAUAUUCGAAUUACAUGAUGCCUGGACUGGUGUCAGAUGGUCCAUAGGGGGCAGUGUUUGCCAUUACACAGAGUUCUGGUUCAAAGAGCCGUUUGAUGGCUGUUCUGUUGGUCUUAUACAUCUAGAGGCUCGAUGCACAUUUGCGAAAACCUCUGAAGUUAAGAAAGUUAUAAUUGUCUUGACUGAGUUUUGUAGCAGCUCGCUUCCAUGGCCUAAUUUAUCCUCCUCUAGGAUUAUCCAGGUAGUGAAGUUUUUUCUUCUUUAAAGACAUUAUUUAUGUGUUGUUGUGAUGAUAUUAAAUGCACACACCACUCAGGAUAUUGAAUUCCUGAUCUGAAGUGUUCCUGAGAAAAAGAUUGUCACUUUGUUCUUCUUCUUUGAACUCGGCCAGAUUGUGUGUAGAGCCUUUAUGCAAAAGUAUCAGACCAAAAAGAAAAAAAAAAUCUGUUUUAAUGUUAUCAGAAAGCUAAAAAAAAAAAAAAGACAAUUUGGUACUCGAUACAAAUUGACAUUUUAGCGAAGGCUAGUUUUCCAGUCCAGUACAUGUGGCGUCCCUCAAAGCUCUGUCCUCGGACCAUCUUUGAUUGUGUAAUCUGUAACUGUAGAGAGGGCAUUAUGCAUGCACAAGUUAAUUAUUUGAAAAUGCAUUAAACUGGAUCACGUCAAAUUGAAUAUUGCGGCCCAGUCCAGUGAUGGGCAUGUAUGGUGGGGCACACAAUUUCUUUAUUUUAUGCCGCUUCUGUGUUAGCAAAUGGUUCAGUUUGAGUAUUUUCUUAUUUAAUCCUUGCCCCCUUAAAAACUAAGAUCAAGCUUCACAUUGACAAAAAAUGACCCCAGUCUAAACCUUAUUGUGAUUCACCUUGCCUGACACCACAUUGAGAGUUCUUGAAAAAAAUUAUAAUAAUAAUUAAAUAUUUGUCCCAUCCUUUUUGUUUUAAUUGUAUAUAGAAAUUAAAUACACACAUUUAAAUUAAGUUUGCAGUACAGUUUCCAUAUUAUAUUGUGUGUUUCUUUUGAUUGUGGGUCACAAUCAAAAUAAUGACAUCAGUGGAGCCCUUGCAAUAAUAAUAAUCAGUGUGAUAACAGUGACACAUGUGAUGUCCAUCUAUAUUGAGGGCAUUUUGCUUUUUGUUUGUUUCCUACUGAAAACAGACAAGCACACACACACACACAUUCAGACACACACCAGAAAAAGCAUGUUUGGUUUGUAUUGAUUGGUAGGUAUUGAUUAUCAUUGCUGCAAUCAUGCCAUGCUGGAGGGAGGAUGUUUUCAGUGCACUUGAAGUUUGCUUUCUUUUCUUAUUUUGUCUUGAUUUCUUGCAUGCUGCUGUUUUUUUUUUCUUCUUUUUCUAAGAGAGUUUUUACUCUCCUUCCCAACUUUGUAUAGACAGACAGUUGUGCUAAGUGUGACGGGUGGAUAAUGCUGGUGUGUUCUCCUGCAGUGAAUGCUUGUCAGGCAGGCAGUAAUACAGUACAUUACUGUAACUGCUGAGUCAGACUUUAUGAUGUCAUCUCUGAAAGGGUGACUUUUAAUGACAUUUAAUGCAAAAUGUAACAUAUGUGAAUAAAAUAUACAGAUGCUCUGA